ACAGGCUACAAGAAAACAUUUUAUUUUUACUAACUUACGAAGACCAUAAAUUAGCAGAUGGUUGAUAUUAUUAAUGUAUACAUACAUGUUUUCAGCUAACAAUAAGAUUCUCUCAUCGAGUUUCCAGAAACAACAAUCAUAGUCAAGUAAGACCUUGUUUUGUUCGAUUCUAUACACAUAUUUGAAUACAUUCAUUCCUGUUAUUAGUUACCAAGCCCCCUGCUUUCUGUACAAUGGGAGCAAUGAUGAGAUUCUAGUAACUUUUAGAUGACCCCUACAUGACAAAGACGGUCCACAUCAAUUGUACUCGCUCUGUAUUAACCUCUUGUUGUGCUAACCUUUUCUACAAGCUGUGUCUCUAUAUUUGUGAAAAUUCCACUUAGAAUAUUAUAUCUUUAUUUUGCCUAAAGUUGUAUUUUAUUUUAUUUUUUUUUUAAAUCAGAUUCGUGAUCAGUUCUUGCAUCACAGUGAUAGAUGGAGUUCCUGGGUUUCAUUAUGCAAAAUGAUAUAUUAUUUUAGGACGCGUCGUUUACUCGUUAUAUUUAAAAAAGCAAAAAAAAAAAAAAAAAACACACACACACACACACAAAAGUCCACAUUAGUGUUCGUAUUCAACUGUAGGAUUUUAUUAAACAUGAUAUUCAUAUUUCGUAAAGUUUAUGAAAAUUAUUGCUACUAUAGCUGUAUGCUUAUCCGUUAGAAGACUCUCUUUGUCCCCAUUGGCUAAUCCUGUCACAUGGGUGCCUAACUUUAUUCAUUUGACAGCAAGUAGGAGGGCUUUAUGGAAGGAGAAAAAAAGACAACUCGAGAAAAAUUAGUAUUUUCUACCUUCAGAAAUUAAUGGCCAUGAGUUCGUAUAUCGUGAACUCCAAGUAUGUGGAUCCUAAAUUUCCACCUUGCGAGGAAUAUUCACAGAACAGCUACAUACCUGACCAGGGCUCAGAGUAUUAUAGUCCAUCGCAGAACACAGAUUUUCAGCAUCCAGGAAUCUACUCACGGUCAAACUACAACGAGCAGUCUUUUGGCUGUAGCACUGAUCAGGGCUCCACAGUGCAGCCGCGGGGUCAUGUGCAGGAGCAACCCAGCCAACCGAACCCUUUCCCCGUCCAGACUGAGCAAUGCCCACCGGUUCAAAUGUCCACCCCACGGCCCUGCAACCAACAACAGAACGCCAAGAACCAAAACGAGAUACCAGCCAAACAGCCAGCAAUAGUUUAUCCCUGGAUGAAGAAGGUGCAUAUUGCUACGGUUAAUCCGAAUUAUACCGGAGGGGAACCAAAGCGAUCAAGGACUGCAUACACGAGACAACAGGCUCUGGAACUGGAGAAGGAAUUCCAUUUUAACAGGUAUCUUACUAGGAGGCGUCGCAUUGAAAUCGCGCAUACCUUAUGUCUCUCCGAACGACAGAUCAAAAUAUGGUUUCAGAACAGAAGGAUGAAAUGGAAAAAAGAUCACAAACUUCCAAACACGAAAGGUAGAUCUUCAUCUGCAUCCAGCCAGCAUUUACAAACUGUUCCAAAGGACAGCCAGACUGAUAUUACAACUUUAUAGAAGCGGAGGAAGAUUCAUUUCUCCACGUUUCCGAAUGUAUAUAAAAGGCACUACUCCAGCAGAAAAUGCAUGUUCCAGAAACAUGUCUUUUAGUUUCUUCUCAUGUGUGUAAUUAAGAAGGAAAACUACAAAAAAAAAACAAGUUGAAGCUGCAAUAUUUGAACUUUGUUUUGAAAUGAUACCAUCUUGUCCAUCCACCAUCAUAACUUUUAAUGAAGAUAUGAGUGAAUCGUCACUUGCUUCGAAGAGGUACAGUAGUCUGUGAAUGAUAAUAAAUUAUAUUGGAUAGUGUUGCUGUUUUUAAUUUUAUAAUGAAGAUUUGGCGCUUUAUUGUGGUACUCGAAUUUUCUCUGUGUAAUUCUGGCCCAGUCUUUUCUUGUUCUAUAGCAGACACGAGAA